CCGACGACAAGCUCUAUAUCGGAGAAAGAUCCGCAAGUGAUCCUGGCGUUCCGUGUCUUUCAGCGUAACGCAUCCGUUCUCCCUCCUAUCCGCAAGAGCUUUCUAUUUGCCAGACCACGCACUCCAGUGGCACAUACUCAUCAUCGUAGUAUGUCCGUCUUCAAUGCGUCUCGACUCCAGGGCAAGACUGUCCUCGUUACCGGUGCCAGUGCUGGUAUUGGUGCGGCGACAGCUGUUCUUUUCGCUAGGGCUGGCUCGAACGUCAUCCUCGCCGCGCGGCGCAUUGAACAGCUCAAGCAAGUCGAGCAGUCGUGUGUUGCCGCACACAAGGAGUCCGGCGUACAGGCUGGUGGUAAGUUCGCCGCUGUGCAGCUCGACGUCGGGGACAGGCAGCAAAUCAACACACUCUUUGACCGCGUCCCUGCGAAUCUGAAGACGGUCGACAUCCUCGUGAACAACGCGGGUUUCGUCCUCGGUAUGGAACGCGUCGGCGACAUCGCGGACGCGGACUACGAGUCCAUGUUCCAAGUGAACGUCUUCGGCCUGAUCGCCGUGACGCAGCUGCUUCUCAAAGACUUCAAAGCGCGCAACGCGGGACACAUCAUCAACCUCGGCUCCAUCGCCGGGCGCGAGCCGUACGCCGGCGGCGGCAUCUACUGCGCAACCAAGCACGCCCUGCGCUCCUUCACGGGCACGCUCCUGCGUGAGCUCGUAAACACGAACAUCCGUGUCACGGAGGUUCAGCCUGGCAUGGUCGAGACCGAAUUCUCCAUCAUCCGCUUCCGCGGGGACAAGUCUCUCGCGGACAAGGUGUACGAAGGCCUCCAGCCUUUGGUCGCCGAGGACAUUGCCGAAGAAAUCGUUUGGACCGCGUCACGCCCUCCACACAUCAACAUCGCCGAACUCUACGUGCUCCCCGUCAACCAGGCAUCGGCGACCAUCAACUACCGCGGUGGAAAGUAAAUGUCGCUAUCGUACAUAGAAAAUCAAGAUCUGUACUAAUAAAUGCAACGUCGGGUGGUUGUAUGACUUGCCUAGCGCACCUCAUUCGCGCCUGUGAAACCAAGAAACGUCUUAACUUCCAACAAUACACAUCAUUACAGUGGAAUAACGGCUUAAAGGGAUGGACAGUGGCAGGGACAUCGCAAAAUGUAGGGAUGUCUGCUAAUAGAGAAAAGCAGUAUGAAAUACAGGUCAUUACGUUCGUGACUUCUUGCCCUUGUUGCGCGUCACCUUAGCUGGCGCCGGCGCCGGCUCGGGCACAACUGGCUCGUCGUCCUCGUAUAUAAACUUUCUGACGACGAUGUUCUCCAGUUGGACGUCAGGCAAUGGAGCCUCCGCAUUAAGCACGUUGCCCAUCGUAUCCAGCUGGCGCGCCUUGGCUGACGGCGCUAGACAGCCCUUCUUAAUGGGCACACCAUUAGAAGGCCUCUUCGGCGUCGGGGGCGUGUCGUCUAGGUAGACCGUGGCUGCCAGCCCACGGUGCCACUUGACCUGCUUCCCGUUCCUCGCCUCGGCCUCGGCCUCGUCCACACCAUCUUCUGUCCGCAUCCUUUUGGGCGGUCGCUCGGGCGUGCCGUAGUCCUCCUCAUCGCCCGGGGCCCUGGGAUGAUUCUGCGGUUCAUCCACCUCAAUGUCAGCCGCAACAAGGCUCACAUCGGCCGGUUCUUCGGGCACAUCAUCACCCUCACCCUCGUCCUCACCCUCGUCCUCACCCUCGUCCUCACCCUCACCGUCGCCCUCGUCGGACCUGCGCGCCCUGCGUUCCGCGCGCUCCUGGCGCUGCUUCGCACGUUCUUCGCGCUGGCGCUCGAGACUCGUGCGCACCUUGGUCGUCGGGCUGUCGGGGCGCUUGCCCUCCUUCAUGAUGACCUCCAUGCGAAUCUCGGCGAUCUGCCGCUGGUUCCGCUGCGUGUUCGUGUUCGUGAGCGACUUGAGCGCGAGCGCGGACAUGCCCGAGAACGCGCUCGUGUCUGGAAGCAGGAUCGUGCGCCGUCGGCC